GAGGCUGCUGCUGCUGCUGUGUGGAGCUGUCUGCUGUGUGUGUGGAGGGCUGGCCUCACGGUAAUGACUGGAGUCAGGUAACCACCGGACAGACCGACUCUAUUGCUCCUCUCAGACGGGUUCACACACUGAAGGGAGGCGGUGUGAGAGCAGGCUUUUCCACUCCCGGGACGGUUUCACCUCGUGUGUUUUUAUCUCAAUGUCGCUGCGACCUUCUCUUUGAAACAAAGUUGCAAAAAGUUUGAUACAUAACGUCCGGUGUUCUCGAACGUCGCAUUUGGAGAGCGAGCUCAGCUCAGCGUGCAGGAGGCGACUCAGGUGUUCAACUAACUAACUAACUAACUACCACGGAGAAGUUUGUGUCCUGUUUUCUAACAAAUUUACGCUGGAAAGAGGAUUUAUCUUUCGCUUUUUUAUCGCGUGUCUCCACUUUGCUACUUUCGUUUCCCUCCUUCAAGUUUAUUGGACUUAAACUAUCAAGUGGAAGAGUUUGAACAGGCGCUCGCUCUCCUGGAGCCCUGAUGAGACACAAGCAUCUACUCCCUACGGAGGCUUAUACUGUGCCAGAAUGGACGAGACGGAGAAGUACAAACAGCGAUUGGAGGCCAUUGCUGAGAAGCGUCGGCUGCAGGAGGAGCAGGAUCGAGCCAGGAGAGACAUGGAGGAUGAGAAGCUCAGACUACAGCAGCUCAAGAGAAAGUCUCUGAGGGACCAGUGGUUGAUGGAAGGAGCUCCGUUGUCCCCGACCUCCCCGACCUCCCCGACCUCCCCGGACGCCCAGAGCCCCCGCUCCCCUCUUUGGGGCUCCCAGGCCCAGGAGAUGGAAAAGCGCACUGACAAGCUGGAAUCAGGGAGUCAGCGGUUGGCAGAGGAGGAAGAGAAGCUGAAGGAACAGAUGGAGGAUGGCCAAACGGUGGCAGUGAAAGUGACAGAGGCCCGAGCAGAAAUGAUCCAAGAUGCUGUUGUGCAGAACGGAGAAAACAAUGCAACAGGAUGGGAGACAACUGAAGAUGAAGUGCAGACGAACCUAGGCGCGCUACUGGAUGAAACUGCAGCUGUCCUAACCAAUGGCGGAGGACACUUAGAAGCAGACACCAAUCACGACACUCAGUCCGCCACCAACGGACUCAUUGGAGCCUCUGAAGGUGUUAUUAGCAUGAAAUGGGAGCCAGGGUUGAGCCUGGGUGCUUCUGAGGCAGAGCCUGGUCAGGUUCCAAAUGUCAACAUUAAUGAGGAGGAGGAGGAAGAAGAAGGGACCGUGGUGAUGAGAGCAGAACGUGUGAUCGUCACAGAUGAAGGGGAUGAUAUACCUGAGGAUGUUACACGCCGGGAAGAUCAGCAGGAGACCGCACAGUCAGAGGAAACCCCUCUGCCGCACCAAGAAGCGGGCCAAGAGGGAGGGGAGGCUGUGAAGGGGGUAAUAACAACGGAAGCAGCUCCAGAAGCGUUCACACAGCCAGAGAAGAGUGAGGCAACCGAAAACAGUGCAGACACACAAACAGCAACUGGAGAUGGAGACGUGCAGGGUGGCGUGGACACAAACGGAGAUGGAGAGACAAAAUCUGAAGGACGGGACAAAGAAUCGGAAGACCCAACCCAAACUGUGCAGGUGCAGUCCCCAGCCAAUGCCCUAGGGGGCACUGCAGUGGCUUCAGUGCCAGUCUACUCUGAGGCCCAACUCUCCACUCUCACCCCCGAGCUAGAGGCUGAGGGUGAAGCUGCAGCGUCGCCAGAGGGAGCUGAGGCAGCAGUAAAAGCCCAAGACCUUGCCACGCUGCCUGGACAGUUCCAGGAGGUGCCCCUGGCUGAACCCCGGGAGAACCGGAGGACAGAGGCAAGGCCGGGGGAGCGGGAACCCCUUCUGUCGCAGGCCAAAGCCCCUGACACCCAAGCAGCAGAGCCAGCAGCAGCUACCAGCACAGAGACACACAGCCUGACCAGGGCGAGCCAGGGAGAGGAGACCGGGGCGCCCAAACACAAAGCCUGCAUGUGCUGCUCCGUCAUGUAAACUGCCCUCUCUGUACAUUGACGUCCUCUCCCGCCUUCUUCAGUCUGUCUCUCUGCUCUUCAAAUCAUAACACACUCCUUCCCUCGUCUCUUUGUUUUACGCACCCAUCCUUUUUCAAAUCAGUCCACAAGCUACUUCCUUUUCCUCCCCUACUCUCCGCCCUCAUACAUCUUGAAACGUCCUCAUCCCACUCUUGAGUUUUGAUACUCCGAGAGGAAGUGAGCUCUCUCCAACGCGAAGACAAGUGAGGAGGUGUGGACUGGACUCGUCAGUGUUUAAGUGCCUCGAGGAGCUCUCUACCCAGAACAAAAUUUUUAAUUUCUCUUCUCACCCAAUGUGGACCAAAAUAUGAGAUGUUUUAUUUUUUACACUGUUGGAGUUUGAUUUUUUUUUCCUGGUUAGCAGAUGAGCCAUAGGAUCAUAAAACCCACAUAUUAAAUGCAGUUAAGCAAAUACACUAAAGAUGUAUUAUUUUAAACUGUUGUAUCUACAUGUAUAAUUCAUUGGGUAAUUUUCAUAACCUAAAUAUGAGAUUUAACGUCCAAAGAUUUGCAGAGUUUCAGAGAGGAUAUUCUUCUAAUUUAAUGACUUUAAAGCUGAAUUAUUUUAUUGAUUUUUUUUUUUUUGUCUUUUAUUAGAGAUUCUUUUAAUCCAACUAUGGGGCCUGAACAUUUUUAUUCGCUGUAAUACAGGUUUUGACAAUGCACAGACUAAUAGUAUGAAAUGGUCUAAUUUAUAAACAACAGCGCGCACCACUGAAUAUUUUGUGGGACGUUGUCAGUUUUAAAAGAGAGAUUAUUUUACCUGAAAGUAAGAAUUUUGUAUUUUUACCAGAAAUGCUUUUUUUGAAAGAGGGGCUCCAGAGCUCCUGACAUAGCUCAGUGCAUGGAUGUAUACACAUGUGGAAUUGAGAGAUGUCAGCUUUUGAAAUGAUUGAUGAAUGGUUUAAUGAUUAAACUGACAUUUGUGAUACACUG